AAACGACAUUUCAAUUUCCGCGAAAUUCCAUCGAUUCAUAUAGCUUUCUUCUCCUCUAAGAUCCCAAUUUUCCGUUAACAAUCAUCGCGCAAAUCAAAAGCACAUCUCACUUACCACGGCCUCAUUCUAAUUUUUUUUUUUUUAAAGAAACCCUUUAAUCCUUUCCAUUACCGUAUCAUCCAAUUAUCAGACACGCUUAAAAAAAAUGCUUCACAGAAGCUUCAAGCCAGCCAAAUGUAAGACAGCUUUAAAGCUAGCGAUACCGCGAAUAAAGCUUAUGAAGAACAAGAGGGAAGCACAGGUUAAGCAGUUAAAGAGGGAAUUGGCUCAAUUACUGGAGUCAGGGCAAGAUCAGACGGCCAGAAUUCGGGUGGAACAUGUGGUUAGGGAAGAAAAGACGGUGGCAGCGUAUAAUCUUCUCGGGAUAUACUGUGAACUUAUCGUGGCACGUAUGCCGAUCAUUGAGUCUCAAAAGUGUGUAAAAAUACUUUCUUUAGUAUUUCAAAUUUCGAUUUUAUUCGCUCUUUUACUACAGAUGCAUAUGGAAUUAGGGAAACUUUUAUCGAGUUUGCAAAUGUUUGGACUUUGAAUGAAUAUGGGAAAAUAGGCCUUCAUUGUUAAAGCAAUUAGACCUUGUCUUUAAAACUCUUUAGUUGCCUUAAUCCUUGGCAGAAAUGACGUUCAGUCCAACUGCCAAAAACUACUUUAGUUAGAAACUAAGUAAAGUGGCACCUUCGUUAGAGUUUGGAUUGUCUGUUUAUUUCACUGGUUUUGAAAAGCUGGAUAUGUGUGCUUAA